GCCGGGCAGCUUUUUAUUAGCCAGGACAAAAGACGCACGAUCGAUCGGACAGAUUUAAGACAAUAAAAGCUCAGCGACACGCGAGUGGAAUGAAAACACCCGAGUUAGUUACCGGACUCCGCUUUGAUUCCAACUAAAGGUACAAAUCGACGACUUGGUAUAGUAGAGUUCCACUAUUUUGGAAGUUUUGCUGUUUUGAUUUCUCAUAACACAGCGGGACUUGCUGUGAAAAGUCGGGACACCUUCACGAACUAAUUGUCUGAUUUGAAAAGCAAAAUAUGUCCACACUAACGGAACAGCCUUUUUAUGACGACUCCUUUCUCUCUGCUUAUGGCCAUCCAGGAGCAGCGCUGCCAGACUACAAGUUGCUCAAGCAGAACAUGAACUUGAACUUCUCCGAUCCUUACCGGAGCUCCAACUUCAAGUCUCAGCAGCACCUGCGCGCCGACGCCGAGUUCUAUUGCGCGGCGGCGGCGGCAGCGGCGGACUCGUCCGGCUCUCUCAAGCUCGCUUCCCCCGAUUUGGAGCGACUCAUCAUCCAGAACAGCAACGGGCUCAUCACCACCACGCCGACGCCCAGCCAGUACGUGUACAACCGGGGCAUCACCGAGGAGCAGGAGGGCUUCGCCGAGGGCUUCGUGAAGGCGCUGGACGACCUGCACAAGAUGAACCAGAUGGCACCGCCGAACGUGUCCAUCGGAACCGGGGGCGUCGCCUGCGCGGCCCCCGGCUCCGUGUUCGGGGCGUCCAUGCAGCCGGAACCGCUGGAGUACACCAACUUAAGCAGCUGCUCGACCAACCCCGGCUUGUCGUCGGCGGUCAGCUACCCGUCCACUACCAUCAGCUACCUGCCGCACCACCCGGUGUACCAGCACCACCAGCACCACCACCAGCAGCUCCCCGCCGCCUCGGCGCACCCCUUCCACGCCGGGCUCCACGCCCCGCGCUUCGGCGGCCUGAAAGAGGAGCCCCAGACGGUCCCGGACAUGCACAGCAGCGACAACAGCUCCCCGCCCAUGUCCCCCAUCGACCUGGAGAACCAGGAGCGCAUCAAGGCGGAGCGCAAGCGGCUCAGGAACCGCCUGGCGGCGUCCAAGUGUCGGCGGCGCAAGCUGGAGCGCAUCGCGCGUCUGGAGGACCGAGUGAAAGUACUGAAAACGGACAACGCCGGCCUGUCCAACACGGCAGUGCUGCUGCGGGAGCAGGUGGCGCAGCUCAAACAGAAAGUGAUGACGCAUGUGAGCAGCGGCUGUCACCUCAUGUUGUCUCCCAAAGUCAAGUCUUACUGAGGACGCCAACACUGGACUGGAAUUGCACUGACGGCACAAAGAACUGGGAUUGUUGUGGCUGAAGUACAAAAAAAAACAACUUUGGGGCAUUUUUGGAACUGGACUUGAACUGUUUACAUUUUGUACAUUGUCUUGUAACUUAUUUCUGUUUGUCAGGUUGAGCCUGGCAUUUCUUUUUGUAUUUGUACAGUAUAUAUAUAUAUAUAUAUA